UUGACUAUGUGACAUUGACAUAUCAAUCAAAUUAUCACUUUCCAUAAUAUCAGAAAUAUUAAAUAAUCAAAAUCAUCGUAAAUCUUAACAAGUUUUCAUUCCCUCUUCAAAUAAUAGCAAAAUUAACAGUAAAUCACAUCACAAAAAAGUAUGACUUGCUGUAUCACUGUGUAUAAACCUUGCAGCGUACCAGUUUGUAUACCGAAUUAUGUGCCGUGUUGCUUAUCAUAUUGUAUGCCCUGCUGUCCAAUGCCUUGUUGUCCAGCACCAUGUCCACCUGCAAGUUGUCCUCCAAAAGAAGAAAAGAGAUCGAUGAAACUGAUACCACCACCAUCUGAGUCGAAGCCGCCCAGAAAAACCAAGAAAAUCUUACCAUGUUAUUACACGAAGCCUACCGAUAAAAGAAAACAAUUCAUAAAAUUUGAUGAGAUUAUACCAAAGAAGCAAACAUCAUGUUCUUCUGUAUGAUACAAUUUCUCACAUUAAAUAUUUAAAUAAAA